UUUGUCCAUUCCACGUUUCCACAUUUCUCUCUCUCUUGUCAAAUUUUAAGAAGCUGUGCAGAAAUAAUCUCUCUAGAAUAUUCUCCAGAAAAUUCCUCCACACUCUCCGUUAAACCCUUCAUCGUCGACACCUCUAUAAGAAGCGCCUAACCUUCACGGUUUCAGAAUUCACAUUUCGGACUGAACUUGACUCUCCCGUCACGAUAUAUACAACCCAAUACAAUUCUUAAAUCGUUCAUCUGGGUACAGAGCUUUUGCUUUCGCUCUGUUAUAGGCACAGUUGGGUUUUAAUUGUCUUUGCAGCUCGAAUCAAUGGUGGAUCUCACGAGAAAGAAGCGGGUCACAGACCCUCUUGACGACGACGCCAAGGCUCGUCUCGUCGGAGAUUAUCACCGGCAAUUUAGUUACGGGAGCAGCGGAAGCGAACAUUCCGGAGAUGGCGACGGGGACUCGCUGUGUCUUUCCGAGCUCGUGCUCGAUUUCCUGGAGGACAACGAGGUUAAGUGUAAGUCGGAGACUAAUGAGUUGGACCCGGAUCGGGUCGACGUAGAGGACGAUGGAUCGGAGCUGAUUGACGAUAUGAUACGAAGAUUGAGUGUCGCCAACAACAUGGAUUCUUACCAGAAGCUGCUUCUCACGCACGUUUCAGAGGCGGUGGAGGAAUUUGAGUUUCUUCGGGGAAACGUUUCUGUGUUCCUGAGAAAUGUGAUGGGGUUUCUGAGAGAGAAAGGACACAAUGCAGCGAUAUGCAAGACCAGGUGGGAUUCAUCCAGUGGAGUUACCGCCGGUAACUACGACUUCAUUGACGUGAUCCAAUCUGGUUCAUCAUCGUGGCAGAGCAGGUACUUCGUUGACAUCGAUUUCGCCGCCCAGUUCGAGAUUGCUCGGCCGACUUGCAAGUACUCGGAGAUUCUUUCCUCUCUUCCCAGCAUCUUCGUCGGCACGGCGGAGGAGCUAAAACGCAUCGUUCAGGCCAUGUGCAACGCUGCAAAGAGAUGCUUUCGGAGCAGAGGACUCUCUGUUCCGCCCUGGAGGAAAAACCGAUACAUGCAGAAAAAGUGGUUCGCGCCGUAUCGCCGAACCACGAACCCGGUUCAGGCAAACACCAUUCCGGUCGUCGUUCCUGCCAUGACCGGCGCAAAUUGCAGAUUGGUUGGUUUCGACGACGUGUGUUCAGAAGCCAGACACGGCGGCGUUUUUGUCCCGACGAGAUGAUAGAAUGGCAAUUUUUGUAAAUAUUUUAGGGCCACAGGGCAAAUCUGUGAAAUCGAUGUGCCUUUUGAUUUUUGAGGACUUUAAUGUUUAAAAAACAUUUGAGUGAAAUAAAAAAUUAAUAAUAGUGAGUGGAUAA